AUGAAGACUUCAGCAGGCAACACUACCACAGAUCGAGACGUGAAGUCUUCAUCGGAACGUGACAGAAUUGUCAUCUCAGGGAUGUCAGGUCUGUUUCCUGAGGCGCGAUCCGUCCAAGAAUUUGCUGAUAUUCUUUACAAUAAGGUAAAUCCUGUAACAUCAGAGAAUAAUCGUUGGUGGUAUACACCACUAGAAAUUGGUCCGUAUUCAGGGAAAGCCCCAGGAUUACAAUAUUUCGAUGCACAAUUUUUCAAAGUACAUCAACGACUUGGAGAAAAAAUGGAUGUUAUGUCGAGGAAGUUGUUGGAGCAAUCUUAUCAAGCUAUUUACGACGCCGGUCUGAGCCCUCAGAGCUUAAAUGGUAAAAAUGUUGCGGUCUACAUAGGUGUUUCUAUUUCUGAUAAUGAAAUAACCGGAUUUUUUGAUAAUUCUUCCACGAGAGGAUUUGGAAUAAUGGGAUGUAAUAGAUCAAUGUUUGCCAAUCGUAUCUCCUAUUGGCUAAAUGCAAAAGGUCCUUCGAUGACUGUGGACCAAGCAUGCUGCAGCUCUUUGAGUGCUCUACAGCUGGCAUACCUUGCCAUGAAAAGUGGCGAAUGUGAAGCUGCCAUUGUUGGAUCAUGUAAUCUGUGUAUGCUGCCUGUAUCUUCCGUUCAUUACAGCAGAAUAAACUCGAUAACAACGGAUGGAAAGACUAGGUCGUUUGAUCAAGAGGCCAACGGAUGUGUUCUCUCUGAUGCUAUCAAUGUUAUUUUCUUACAAAAAGCGACUGAUGCUUUGAGGGUAUACGCUGAUGUGGUCCAUGCCAAGAAUGAAUACAUUUCUUUCAAACAAGAAAAUGAGUUUCCCAAGAGCGGAUCAUAUAGGAAACCGCAUGAAAUUGCAAGUUUUUUGAAAGAUUUUUAUAUAGAAGCGGAUUUCGCCCCACAAGAUGUCGACUACGUAGAGGCAUUUGGCAUCGGUAAUCCGGAAUCAGAUAAAUCUGAACUAGAAGCUUUGGCUGAUAUUUUCUGUGACAAGAAAACUAAUCCAUUGUAUGUAGGCAGCGUGAUGUCCAAUAUAGGAUUUACCGCAGCAGCUAGUGGCAUUACAUCCAUUAUAAAAGUGAUCCUCGGCUACCAAAACGGUUUAUUUGCUGGUAACCUACAUUACAAUACGCCGCGCCACGACAUAAAUGCAAUAAAAGACGGGCGAAUUUGUAUUCUUGAUGAUCACUGCGACAUUAACGGAAAUUACGCAGCAAUCAAUGCCUUUUCAGUAACUGGAGUCAAUGCUCAUGUUUUGUUGAAAGGAAACCGUAAACCAAAGGACUUAUCCAAAUAUAAAUCCAGCAUACCACACCUGGUGACAGUAUCAGGGAGGCAAGAUACUUCAGUAAAAAAAGUACUUGAUAAUUUAAAAUCAAGACCAAUAGAUCCAGAAGAACUAACAUUAUUUCACAACAUACAUUCGGUGGUGACUCCAGGGCAUUUGGGAAGAGGAUACACAAUUUUGGUUUCCCUAAACUCUGCACUGGUGCUGGCUGGGAUCCUACCGCUCGACCUCCGCAUCCGGGAAGUGGCCACACUCUACAAAGCCAAGCGAGGUGUGCCACAGCCAGUAUUGGGAGACAGGGAAGUGGAACGCAUGGCCCCGAUGAUAAAAGCGCCACACCCUGCAGAGCAAGUAAACCUGGAAUUCAAAAGCCUGAUAGACGAGGAACAAUAUGAACACCAUAACAACUUUGAGGUUCGAAUCUUCACGGACGGAAGCAAGCUCGAGGGUAAGGUGGGGGCAGCGCUAUCCUUAUGGGAUAGGGUAUCCGAAACCAAAGCCCUUAAGCUCACGCUUCCGCCUUUCUGCACCGUCUAUCAGGCAGAACUCCUUGCUCUACAAAGAGCAGUGAGGGAGGCGCUGAAUCACUCUGGGACUGCGUUCGGCAUCUUUAGUGACUCGAUGUCGGCUCUUCAGACUAUCACCAACGUCAGUUCCCCCCAUCCCUUAGCAGUGGAAACAAGAGACACCAUCAGACGCUGCAUGCUCCAGAACAAGAGUGUCUCCUUGUUCUGGAUAAAGGCCCACGUAGGAUUGGAGGGGAACGAAAGAGCCGACCAACUGGCCAAGGAAGCUGCUCUGCGGUCAAAACGAAAACCGGACUACGACCUGUGUCCGAUAUCAUUCGUCAAGCGACAAAUUCGAUUGGAGACGCUUGACGAGUGGGAUCGGAGAUACAGGUCGGGGGAGACCGCAUCAGGAACAAAAUUGUUUUUCCCAAAUGCAUUGGGGGCAUAUGCGGUCGUGAGGGGGAUGGAGCACUCCAGCAUUACUACCCAGAUACUAACAGGGCACGGUGGGUUCUCUGCAUACCUGAAAAGAUUCGGGUGUAAGGCGAGCUCAUCGUGCACCUGCGAUCCAGACGCGGAGGAAACGGUUCCGCAUGUACUGCUGGAGUGCCCUAUUUUUGCCCGGGAGCGCUAUGACCUGGAACAGGAGCUGGGCGUCGAACUCAACAGGGCAGUUUUACCAGAACUGAUGACAGAUAAAGAGAUAAAAAAGAAAUUUAUAGAAUACACUAUUAAAGUAGCUCAAAAAGUAAUAAAUAAAAAUAAGACUUAA